AAAAAUUUGGGAAAAAAAAAAAAACACAACAGAGAGAGAAAAAAGUGCCCCUCAAUCAAUGAAAAACACACACAAAAAUUUUCAACUUGAUUUCAUUAUCAAAAAAAAGAAAAGAAAAGACUCCAAACCUCAAAAAGAGUUUGUUUUAGUUUUUAAACAAACAAACAACAAAAGAAAAGUAUUUCUACUAACAUUACAUUAAACAUUACAUGGGAUGUACAUGUAAAUGUAACGUGUUUUGGAAAAUUCCUUUUUAAAAAACAAAAUUGUUUUGUGGAAAAAUUAAAAAUUAUUACUACUAUAGAAUUAAACAUACACACACCGAAAGAACAUGGAAUUUGGAACCAACAAGAGGGACUUGUUCUACUAUACUGUUCCUUUUUAUUCAACAAUUUCUUCUUCUUAUUCUUUCCCUUCUCUUCUGUGUUGGGUUUAUUUUUGUUUUUCUCUUUUCUAUUUUUUCUUAUUAUUAUUUUUAAUUAUCAAUUAUUAUUUACCUCAUCUUUUUUUUUUUUUUUUUGGUUUCUCUCCAUGUGUUGUUGGUUAUCACGGGAAGAAUAUAUAGUUACCCAUAUGUAAAGAUUGGAUUUUUAGGGUUUUUUUUGAAGAAAGAUCUGGAAAAAUGGAUGGUGGGUCGGAAGGAGAAGGCAACAAGAACGUUAAUAUGAGUUCAUCUGAAGGACCCAAGAAGCCAAAAAGGCAGAUGAAGACUCCCUUUCAAUUGGAAACCCUAGAAAGAGUUUAUGCUAUGGAAACGUAUCCAUCUGAGGCCAUUCGUGCUGAGCUGUCAGAAAAAUUAGGUCUAACGGACCGGCAAUUGCAGAUGUGGUUUUGUCACAGGAGGUUAAAGGACAAAAACACGUCAGGGGGGACAGAAAAGAAGCCACGUGCUGGUGUGACAGGUGUUAAGAGAAAUGCUAUGGAGUCACCUAGAGAGGAUUUAAUGGUUGCUGAAGCUGCUAGUGAUCGUGGCUCAGGAUCAGUUUCGAGGUCAGGGUCAGGGUCAGGAUCAGGGUCAAGUCGGUUUGAUAAUGGGGAUGAUAUGCCAACAAAGCCUAUAAGACAUUAUGAAUCACCUAGGAGGGCAAUGGAGCGCCGAGUAAUAGCUUGUAUAGAGACACAAUUAAGAGAAACUUUACGUGAGGAUGGUCCUAUUAUUGGGGUGGAGUUUGAUGAGCUACCACCUGGUGCAUUUGGGUCUCCUAUUGAUUUUGGAGAACGCGGGGACCGCUACAGGCACUCCUAUGACAGCAAAUUAUAUGGACCAUAUGAUGCUAAAGUUAGUGUUGGAACAACUCUCUCUCUUUCUCCGGUUCUGACAAGUGGUCAUCGUGAACCUGCUGAGCCGAAGAUUGUAUCUGAUAAAUAUGGACAAAUUGCAGCCCCUUACCUUUAUGAUUCGCCUGUUGACGGCCCUUCUAAAAAUGCGCCAAUAAUGCAAGGGAAUGGACAUUUUGCUAGGGAAUAUGGUGUUGAAGGUCAAAACAUUGGUGUAAUGUCUCAACAGGGCAGGCAGGGACACUUUCCAUCCCCUCAGCAGGAUAACAAAUUCGUCUCUAGUAAUGAGGACUUCUUGCAAUUAGAUCGGAAGCGCAAGAGUGAAGACACCAGAAUAGGAAGGGAUGUUCAAGUAAAUGAAAAACGGAUCCGGAAAGAACUUGAAAAACAAGAUCUUCUACGGCGGAAAAGGGAAGAACAAAUGAAAAAGGACAUGGAGAAGCAGGAUCGUGAAAGAAGAAAGGAAGAACUAAGGCUGAUGCGUGAACAGCAGAGGAAGGAGGAACGAUAUCAGCGAGAGGAAAAGCGUGAACUCGAGAGGAGAGAGAGGUUUAUGCAGAAGGAGCUUUUGAGGGCGGAGAGGAAGAAACAAAAAGAAGAGCUAAGAAAAGAGAGGGAAGCUGCAAAACAGAAGGCUGCUAUGGAGAAGGCAAUGGCACGCAGAAUUGCUAAAGAAUCGAUGGAGCUGAUUGAGGAUGAACGCUUGGAACUUAUGGAUCUGGCUGCCUCUAGCAAAGGGUUACCAUCAAUUGCAUCUCUUAAUUAUGACGCUUUGCAGAACCUCGACUCAUUUAGAGAAUCUUUAUGUGAAUUUCCUCCCAAGUCUGUCCAAUUGAAAAAGCCAUUCUCCAUCCAACCAUGGAUUGCUUCAGAUGACAAUGUUGGGAAUCUUCUUAUGGCUUGGAGAUUCUGUCUAAAUUUUGCAGAUAUUCUGGGGCUUUGGCCUUUCACUCUUGAUGAAUUUCUUCAAGCUUUCCAUGAUUAUGAUUCCAGAUUAUUGGCUGAGAUACAUAUUGCUCUUCUGAAAUUGAUUAUAAAAGAUAUUGAAGAUGUUGCUCGAACUCCUUCUGGUGGGCCUGGGACAAAUCAGUAUAAUGCUAUCAAUCCUGAAGGUGGACAUCCUCAAAUAGUCGAAGGGGCAUAUCUUUGGGGUUUUGACAUACGCAAUUGGCAGAAGCACUUAAAUCCUUUGACGUGGUCUGAAGUACUGCGCCAAUUUGCGCUCUCUGCUGGAUUUGGACCUCCACUGAAGAAAAAGAGUGAACGCACUUGUUUGAAUGAUUCGGAUGAGACUAAAGGUUGCGAAGACAUUGUAUCCACUCUGCGAAGUGGUUCGGCAGCUGAAAAUGCUGUUGCAAUUAUGCAAGAAAAAGGAUAUAUGUCCCAGCGCAAAUCCAGGCAUCGGUUGACACCAGGGACUGUUAAAUUUGCUGCUUACCAUGUUCUUGCUCUUGAGGGAGACAAGGGCUUGAAUGUUCUAGAUAUUGCGGAAAGGAUUCAAAAAUCUGGAUUACGUGAUCUUUCAACAAGCAAGACUCCAGAAGCCUCUAUAUCUGUUGCUUUGUCAAGGGAUCCAAUACUUUUUGAAAGAAUUGCUCCUUCAACGUACAAUGUCCGACUUGCUUUCAGGAAGGAUCCUGCUGAUGCUGAUGCAAUAAUUUCAGCAGCCAAGGAGAAAAUUCUAAGAUAUGCUAAUGGAUUUCUCUCUGGACAAAAUGUUGAAGAUGAAGAAAGAGAUGAUGAUUCUGAAGGUGAUGCUGCUGAAGGUCCAGAAGUCGAUGACUUGGGUACUCCGUAUGGUGUAAACAAGAAUAGCGAGCAAUUGCUUGACACCUGCUUGGUGAAUGGAAAAAGUAAGCUCUCUGAUGAGGUUGCACGACAAAUUGGAGUUGAUGUUGUCGGUAUUGAGGGAAGUAACCCUAGCCAAGAAUGUUCAGAAAUUGAUGAAAGCAAAGCAGGUGAGCCAUGGGUUCAAGGACUCACUGAAGGUGAAUACUCUGACCUUUGUGUUGAGGAGCGUCUAAGUGCUCUCGUUUCCUUGAUUGGCAUAGCAAAUGAAGGGAAUUCUAUCCGUGCAAUUCUUGAGGAUCGUCUGGAUGCAGCAAAUGCUUUGAAAAAACAGAUGUGGGCUGAAUCCCAAUUGGAUAAAAGACGAUUAAAGGAGGAAACAGUCAAUAGAUUUAAUGAUAGUUCCUUCAAUGCUGUGGUUGAGGGUAGCCAAAGCCCAUUGGGGUUUACAAACAAUAAAAAUCAAGGGACGUCACCAACCACGCUGGUCAAGGAUGAAUCUGCUGUUAUUGUAGGAAAUGUUCAGAAUCACUUUGAGAGUAUUCUUGCUGAAAAGAGUUCAGCCGCACAAGAAACUUUUGUGGGUCAAUUUGCUGUACCAAGUGGGAAUACAGCAGAAAGGUCACGCAUGCAGUUAAAGUCUUUCAUUGGCCACAAAGCAGAAGAGAUGUAUGUGUACAGGUCCUUGCCUUUAGGUCAAGACCGCAGGCGUAAUCGCUACUGGCUAUUUGUUGCCUCUGGUUCUAGUCAAGAUCCUGGUUCUGGCAGGAUAUUUUUUGAAUCACCUCAAGGCUGCUGGAGACUUAUUGACACUGAAGAGGCAUUUGAUCGUCUUUUGGCUUCUUUGGAUACUCGAGGCAUCAGGGAAUCACAUUUGCAUAUUAUGUUACAAAAAAUUGAGGGUCCUUUCAAGGAACGUGUGUGGAGAAACAUGUCUUAUGGUGAUAACGUUGGUCAACAUGGAAGCAAAUAUAGAAAUAAAUCUUCUGCAGUUAGUUCAAGCCCAGCCUGUGGUGCAAGUGCUUACAGCCCUAAAAGUACCAUAUAUGGCGUGAGUUCGGAUAGCUGGGAAACAUCUUUGUCUUUUAAAAUUGAGUUUGGGAAGAAUGAGGAAGAGAAAAGGAAUGCCUUAAUGAGAUAUCAAGGUUUUCAGAUCUGGAUGUGGAAAGAAUGUCUCAGAUCAUCAAUCGUACGUGCCUUGCGAUAUGGGAAGAAAAGGUCCUUGUCGCUUUUGGGCCUUUGUGGCCACUGUUUAGAGUCUUAUCUUUCAGAAGAGGGCAUUUGCCCUUCUUGCAACAAGAUGAGUAGCAAAGUUGACAUGAACGCCGAGUUCCUUGAGCAAGCAAUGGACUCUAUGGACAAUAUGAAAUUUGAUUGCAAUAGUUUGAUGGUUUCAAAUGCUUUUCCUCUAAGAGUCAGAUUGAUGAAGGCCGUAUUAAGUUUCCUUGAGGUUUAUGUGCCAUAUGAGGCACUUCAAUCAUCUUGGACAGAAGACUGUAGAAAGACAUGGGGCAUGAAGCUGCAAUAUUCAUCGUCUCCUGAGGAUCUUCUCCAGAUUCUGAUUCAGUUAGAGGGCGCCAUCAAGCGUGAUUACUUGUCUGCCGACUAUGAGACUGCAGAAGAAUUGAUGGGUCUAUGUGCUUCAUCAAGAAAUGCUGCUUGUGCAUCUACUUAUGAAUCUGUACCACAACUCCCGUGGAUACCUCAUACCACCGCUGCAGUGGCUCUCAGACUUUUGGAGCUUGAUGCCUCCAUAUCCUAUGAUCCUCAGCAGAAAACUGAGGUUGAGUUAAAAAAUAAAGUAGAUUGCCUUCCAGUUGAGUUGUCUUCCCUUCUAAAUCAAAAGCCAUCUUUGGGGUAUUCUUCUUUGAAAGGUCUGCAAAAGGUAGAACCAACAGAAAUUGAUCAUGAUGGACCAUUGAGAGAGGAAAACUGGGAUUAUCUCAGCAAUUUGCCUAGCAGCUCGAGAAGUAGGCAAGUUGUUCGUGGGCGAGGAGGCGGUCGUCCGCGAAAGCUGCAGAAAGGAACUGCUAGCAAACUAUCAGAAUCUGGCAGGGCUGUUGUAAGGCCUACUGAGACGUUAACUCAAGUACUUAUUAAGCAGGGAGAAACGCAUGGGCAGAGACAUGUACGAGGUCGCCGAACUGUCAGAAAGAGGAGAAUAGAUAAUAAAAUUGUUGAAGAAACCCAACCAGAUUAUUUGGGUGACAGAAGCAGCCGGCUAAGUCUUGUAGUAUCACCUAGAAAGCUUGUGAGGGAAGAGUUUGACAUGAACGUGGAAGGAAUAGAAGCCACAAAUGAUAAUAGUAUGAGUAUGGAAGCUGCUGAAUCUGAUGAUAGUGCUCCCGAAAAUACAUAUGAGUUUAACAGGAGUGAUUUAAUGGAAAUGUCAGAUGAGGAUCAGGUUGUUUAUGCCGGUGAUGGCAUUGAAGAUGACGAGGAGGAGGAAGAGGACAACGAUGACCCUGAUAAUGACAAUGAUGAUAGAUACAGAAGCCAUGGUCAAAAUCUGGAAAGAUACGUUAACAUGGAUGACGACGACUCAGAUAGAGAUGGGGAUGUCAAUGAGGACCAAGAGUUGGAUUCUUCAGAGUCUGAAGAUUAUAGUGAUUGAGGUUGCCAAGAUUUUUGGGGGAGCGCUUGACAACUGCUCUAUAGCUCUGAUGUUUGAUCGCCGGAGAACAAAGGUCUGGUGUGAAUGUGAUUGCAUUCUUUUUCUUUUUUUAAUUUCUUUUUGGAGAAACUUUGAUUCUUUUAAGAUGAAGCCCUGGAGCUGGCUUGUCUCUGUGUAUAGUGUUAAAGGAGCAGAUUUUGUUACAUUUUAUCGUCAUAGCAGAUGUCAGAAUAGUAUAAAGUUGGUUAGUCCUUGUUCCAAUACCGCCGUGCAAUAUGGGGCUGUUGGUGAUCAAAAAUAGCUAUGUCAAAUUUCACAGUUGCACAUUUCUGAUCAUUUUUACUUUCAAUAUAAAUGAAUAGUAUCUCA